AUGGCUUUGGAUCUGUGGUUGGAGGUGCACGUAUGUGUGAGUGAUACCUGGCUGGUGGAGGUGGGCGGCCAGGAGCCCGAAGGAAUUUCAUCAGACCCUGCUAAGAACCUAAUUAUCCGUCAGUUCCUCAAUACUAUCGAACGUCUGAACAUGUGCUAUGACGAGGGGUCCACGGCCUUCCGAUUUCAUAUAAAGAACGAUAUCCCACUCUCGAGAGGGCUAGGGUCCUCUGCGGCAGCCAUAGUCGCCGGCAUCAGCACCGCCUACUCCAUGGCUGGCUAUUCUAUCGACCAAAGGGACAUCCAGGAAGAGAUCGGGCUUCUCGCGACGCAAGUGGAAGGCCAUCCGGACAACGCUCUCCCAGCGGCCUUGGGUGGAUUCCAAAUUGCAGUCUACCACCCGCGAUCCUCACGCUCUUCCACUCUCUUGGAGCGGACUUUGGAAGAGGACUUUUCCAAAUCGGACGGGAUCUCGAAAGACUUGAACCUACCUGGACCUCCUCCACUGUUCCUUCAAAAGGAUCCAGAUGGAGGGCACCUAGAGAAAGGGGACAUACAGAGAGCGCAGAUACCUCUGGACGGAGCGCAGAUACCUCUGGACGGAGCGCAGAUACCUCUGGACGGAGCGCAGAUACCUCUGGACGGAGCGCAGAUACCUCUGGACGGAGCGCAGAUACCUCUGGAUGGAAUGGAAACGCCUUCCACUCUCGGAACGACUCCGGUUAGAAUGCCCGCAGAAGAAGCUCACAGUGAAGGUAAGGCAGUUACUGAAAACGGAGCUCAACGAAUCCUGCCCAAGGUGGAAAGGAACCCCAGCAAGACAGACGCCAAUGAGACACGCUCAAGUAAAACGGGAGUGAAGUUGGAGCCGGAGACACUCUUUAGACAUUCCCUGAAGUUUCCGUCUGAUGAUCUUAUUUGCAUUGUACAUAUUCCUAAUUCGAAAUUGUCCACGGAGCUGGCAAGACAGCUACUCCCAGAGAAGUACGAGAGGGCCGUGUGCUCUAGAAACAUUGCACGUGCAUCACUUUUAGUGUCCUCUCUUAUGUCGAGGCAGUAUCAUUUGUUAGGUCCAGCUUUGGAUGACGAAAUUCAUGAACCAUAUCGCCGAGGAGAGUGCAGGAGUUUUGCAGAGUUGAAAACAUAUGCCGCCGACCACACGAGUCCUGUACUCGGUGCCUUCUUGUCCGGGGCAGGACCAUGCUCAAUUCUAUUUUGUGCUAGGGGUCUUGGACCCGCGGCGUUCGGGGAUCUGAACCUGAAGAUGCCACAUUUGUCGGCAGCCGGUAGGUUCGUCAUUUUGGACGUGGUCCUUGAAGGCCAGGCUCUGCAAUCAGUAGCAAGCCAGCCCUGUAAGUAA